CGCUAGAUGGUAGUAGUGAGGGAGUUAAAUGCAAAUAAGCAAAUCGAGCCCCUGACACUCCUUCGCUUACCUCAUCCCCGCCUUUUCGAGAUCAACGAGGGCAUACUGUCACCAUCAUUCACUAUAACCAAAAUUAGGCCUGCAAUUUUCAGACAUGGCGACUCUUAAAGCGCUAUCUAGAGCGGAGAAUGUGAUCAUCAGGAACGUGACAGCGACGACCAAGACGAACUUCUUGAGAUUCUCCGUUGGCAAGACAUGCGGCUGUUACUUUUCCACAUCAAGUCAACGGUCCGGACGAUUUUAUUCUGACCCUAUAGACGCCGUCAAAGAUAUUCCUAAUGGAGCGACUAUUCUUGUGGGAGGUUUUGGCCUAUGUGGUAUUCCAGAGAACCUGAUAAACAGUUUGCUGAAGACGGGAGUGAAGAGCCUGACCGCAGUCAGCAAUAAUGCAGGAGUGGAUGACUUUGGCCUGGGCCUGCUCCUUCGGACCAAACAGAUCAAGCGUAUGAUCUCAUCAUAUGUGGGGGAGAAUGUGGAGUUUGAGAGGCAGUAUCUCUGUGGCGAGCUGGAGGUGGAGUUGACCCCACAGGGCACGCUAGCGGAACGGAUCAGGGCCGGCGGCGCAGGUGUGCCUGCCUUCUUCACUGCCACAGGCUACGGCACACUCAUCCAAGAGGGAGGCUCUCCUAUCAAAUACAACAAGGACGGCACCAUUGCCAUAGCCAGUGAACCCAGGGAGGUGCGUGAAUUUAAUGGCCGGCACUUCAUCAUGGAAAAAGCUAUCACGGGUGACUUUGCCCUGGUCAAAGCCUGGAAAGCAGACAAAGCUGGAAAUAUCGUCUUCAGGAAAACAGCGCGAAACUUCAACCAGCCCAUGUGCAAGGCAGCCAAGACCACAAUUGUGGAGGUGGAGGAGAUUGUAGACGUGGGCACAUUUGCAGCAGAGGACAUCCACAUCCCCAGCGUCUACGUCCACAGGAUCGUCAAGGGAGAUCGCUAUGAGAAACGGAUCGAGAGGCGUACAGUAAAGAAAGGCCAGGCUGAAAAUCCCAAACCCACGAAAGAUUCUGAUGUUGUGAGAGAGAGGAUUAUUCGCAGAGCUGCGCUGGAGUUUGAGGACGGGAUGUACGCUAACCUGGGCAUUGGAAUCCCCAUGCUGGCAAGUAAUUUCAUCAAACCAGAUAUUACCGUCCACCUGCAGAGUGAAAAUGGCAUUCUGGGGCUGGGCCCCUACCCAACAGAGGAAGAGGUUGAUGCAGAUCUCAUCAAUGCUGGUAAAGAAACUGUCACAGUUCUUCCUGGAGCAGCCUAUUUCUCUAGCGAUGAUUCCUUUGCCAUGAUCAGAGGGGGUCAUAUCAACUUGACCAUGUUAGGAGCCAUGCAGGUAUCCAAGUAUGGCGAUUUGGCCAACUGGAUGAUUCCGGGUAAGAUGGUGAAAGGCAUGGGAGGGGCUAUGGAUCUAGUGGCCAGUGCUGGAACUAAAGUGGUUGUUACAAUGGAGCACUCUGCUAAGGGUGGUAAACACAAGAUUAUGGAGAAGUGCAACCUGCCUCUGACUGGAAAACAGUGUGUGGACCGUAUAAUCACAGAAAAGGCGGUAUUCGAUGUGGAUAAGGACAAAGGUUUAACCCUGAUUGAGGUUUGGGAGGGUCUGACACCAGAUGACAUUAAGAAAUGCACAGGGACAGACUUUGAGGUCUCUCCUAACUUGAAACCAAUGCAGCAAAUUUAACUCAUUUAGGAAGAAUGCUUAAGGCUGUUUGGACAACUGAUGGAAACCAAAUCACCAAUGCAAAUACUUUGAGAGCUUCAACUGAAGAUUUGUUAGGAAAUUUCACUGAAGCAUGCUCAAAACAAGUAUUCAAUAAAGCCAUCAAGCCAUCACAGUAUCUUCAUCUGUUCAAAUAAUGUCCAUGAAUGUGCAAUAGCCUGAAUUUUAGCAUUAUCAGUUUUUUUUUUUUUUUUUUUUUAAAGGUUUAUUUUAUUUUAAGGUUUUGUUAAAGUAUUUUCAAUGGGUAUUGAAUAUAAAAUAUUAUCAAUGGGUUAAACAACAAGUACUGUGUUUAAUCACACAAAACAAUCCAUAUUCAUUUCAUAAUUAAAAUUGAUUUGCCAUUAAAUAUCAGCUUUACAGGUCUGAGGCCUUAAAUGUUCUGUCCACAGUGUGUACAUAUUUGAAAUAAGCAAUAAAUGUCUAUUCACUUAAGUGAAAAAA